UACUACGGCGCCUAUCCUUGUGUUUAUCUCUGACACCUGACGGCGUGUUCCUUUCUCGGUUCCCCUGAUCACGACCACUGCGACUGCAGACCAGCGACUCUCCCGCUUUAUGGAAACCCAGGCUGUGCGCUCUGUCGUGGUCAUGCUACCUCCCAAGAACUGCCUCCCGAGGAACUACAGCUGCAUAGCUGGGUUGUUCGGGAGCUUGACAGCAGACCCGAGAUUAGAAGACGAAGAGGGGAUGGAGCUGAACGGAGAAAGCGAGCCCAUCGAGAUGCACCAUGUGGUGGAUGAGAGACCAAGAGGACGUGAAUCCUUCCUCAAACCCCCGCAGAGUCCGAACCUGCGCCGCAGGUGCAAGUCUCUGCCGACCCCCAUAGAGAGAGCGAAGCUUGAGAUCUCCCGCAGCCGGAGUCCCUGCAGCCAGAAAAAGGUCCGUUUCGCCGACUCUCUGGGUCUGGAGCUCACCUCUGUGAAGCACUUUAAUGACACAGACAUGCCCGAUGUGCCGGAGCGCAUAAUGGCGAGAUUCGACAGGGGUCCCCUCCACCUGAACCCCUUUGACAAGUUCCCCAGGGCACCGACCACCCAGUCAAGUUUUAUGGAGCUGCAAUUCAAGAACCCCGGGACCCUACCAGGCUUUACUGAGAAAGUGAAAGAAGUGAAAGUGUUGUUGGAGUGUGCUGAAGCCGACGAGUUCAGUCUGUCGGGCGUCGUGCGGGUUUUGAACAUGGCGUUCGAGAAAAGUGUAUAUUUGAGGUUCUCAAUCAACAACUGGAUAACCUUCAUGGACAGUCUGACAUCUUAUGUCCCCGAAUCAAGCGACGGUGUGACAGACCAAUUCUCCUUUAAGAUAAUCACACCAACGACGUUUCUGGAGAGCGGAGGCACAUUCCAGUUUGCCAUUAGAUACUGCGUUGGUGGAGAUGAGUAUUGGGACAAUAAUAACGGGUUCAACUACAAAGUGCGACGCCACAGGUUUAAGAUUUCCCCACCCCGUGAGUGGGAGGAUGGCUGGAUUCACUUCAUCUAACCUGCAUGCGCCCUUGGCGUUCUCACCGGCGCACUGUGUGUGUAAAGCACGCAAUCUCUCCACGGGCACCGCUUUACCAUAAUGAAGAAUAGGGCUACCAUAGGCUAUAGCCUCUACACAUUGUGUUAAUGAUCCAACCGCCGUGUCCAGCUGUACACUCAGUCAUUUUUCACAUUGUUUGGGUUAUGAUUUUUUUCACCACCGUCACAUUGGUUUUGUUUCAUGUCAUUAUGUUUGACAGAUUUGACAGGAUUGGAAGACAAGCCCUUCAUUAGGUGUCCGCCGUGGGAGCAUGGGACUGUGCUCACGUGCAUCCCCCUGUGUACCUGUCAUGCCGGAUUUCAAUCCCAUUCUCUCAUCUGAAAACUCCAGCGGAUGGAGCAGGCCGAAGCUCAGUCACAACAAUAUUCGCACUGGAUCAACAAAGGAAAUAUCAAAUUGUAAUUUGUUUGACCAAUUCCUCAUAUUUUCAUUUUAUUGGAUAUGCCUUAUAAUACCCCUUAUAACUAAAGGGGAACGCUGCUGUGCUUUUAUCUUGAUCAAUAUUGGGUGUAUUCAGUUUUAUAACUAUUUGAACAUUAAUAUUUCAAUGUUGGGGUAAUGAUUAAACCCUCUCUAUAGCACUGCUCAACGAGAUGAUGUUAGAAAAAGGAAAUCAUCCCACGAGCUUUGUUCGCUGGUUAUAAAUGCACCAUCAUUUUUUCUCCAGAGGAUGGUAACCAAUAGCAGGAGAGUAGACUGUGGGUCAGAGUGGAGCCCUACAGUCUAGCAGUAGGUUAGCCUAUUAGGAUGCUCUGGUAUAACCCCCAAACAUGUUACAUAAUAAUAUGUGGAUAUUUACCACUCUAAAAUGCCAAAUAAUGCAUAUGCUACAUGCAUUAUUUUAAACUAGAGGACAUGUAUAUUUGACAAAAAAAACUGUUGUACAGAAUUUUUUGUACGGGAUCUUAUGCUAGAUUUUUCUCUGCAGUGCAGUCUGCAUGUAUCUGACAGGUGAUAUUUUACAACAUUCCUGUUGUGACACUCUUGAUCUCAACCAGUCACAAUAAUUCACCAGGUGUCUUGUAAACAAUAGUUGAGGAUAGCUCUAACCCUAAGGUCCACUGCAGAGUCAGUCACCACUGCCUCAUCCAUACAGUAUCUUUACCUUCUUCAAGGUUGAGCUUUAAUGAUAAAAUCCACACGCAUAUCACUCCAUUUUAUAACUGUUAUUACACAAUGAUAAAUUACAGAGACAGAUACUGUUGGACUUUUGUUUCUGUUCCUUGUUGGACCUGAAAUGCAACUGUUGUUGUGGAAAAUGAUACAUUUACCUCAGAUCGUUUCUAGAGUGCGGACCUGACGAUCUUCCAAAAAUUCCAGGUUUCUCUCCUUUUAUUCAGGUUGAACAAAACAUUAUUUUUUUAUUAAGUACAGUAGAACCAAAAUAGUCAAACUCAUGCCAUUUUUAAAACACUUCCAGUCCAGUAAAACAGUAGCAUUUCAUUGUCAGUAUUUUGUAAAUAACUUCCACUGUGCAAUGUUGUAUUUUACAGUAGAACUAUGGUGAUGACAGCAUCUGAACUACUUUUACUGAUUUCAAAGUGGUAAUGCCAGACUUGGCUGAUGAUAUAGAAAAGAGCCGUGUUUGGUAGGAGUACAUAUCAUACAGUUGAUGCUAUUGCACUGGUGCUUCAUGCUGAACUCAUUUGUUGGCACAUUGGCAUCACAUAAUGCAUGUGUCAAACUCAUUCCACUGAGGGCAGAGUGUCGGGUAGUUUUCGCUCCACCCUUGUGCUUGAUUGAUGAAUUAAGGUAAACAAUUAGUAAGGAACUCCACUCACCUGGUUGUCUUUGACACCCCUGACAUGAGGUGAGGGAGCUCAUUAUGGAUGGAUGUCAAACUAAACUUAGGUUAUGUAGCGCAACAGCCACAUUACACAAACGGUUUGUUUACAUGUGUACUGGAUGUACAGCAUGUUUAAAUUAGAGUUUCUAUUUAUUUGGGUUAUUAUAAUUUGUGGGAGUUUUCUAUGCCAUGAAUGCUUGGAAUGUAUCAAUAUUUUGUUUUGAAUAGGACGCCUCUGAGAGAUCAGCAGCUCGGAGAUGUAUCUGUUUAGAAAAUGGAAUGCAUCUCUGAGACUAACAGAUGUAGUUAUUUAAUGUAGUUUGUUACUGUCUGGCUAUGGUGGUCAGUAAGAAAAGCCUGUGUUUACAUGAACCAGGACUUGGCAGGAGCUUGGUCAGAUAAUUCAACCCUUGACAUUGAAAAUAGACUACUCAUGUGACCACUGUCCAAAUGACUCAAACAAUUUAGAAGAGUUGUUUGGCUUAUAGCAGAGCUGUUUGGUUUCCAGAGUCCAGCAGUUGGCUCUUUCUAAUAUCUCUAUGGGAAAUCUGUAGAGCCUGAUUGGACCAAAAUAACCUCAAUCACGGUCUCACGUCCACCAUGACAUUAACCAACCUCUAGGGCUGCACGAUAUGGGCAAACAAAUGUAAUAGCCAUUUUUAUUUUUUUAACAAAUAUGGUUAUUGACGUGUGAUAAAUAUCCAAAUAUUUGGGUGAACUGUUGGAAUUAUAGAAAUAUAUUGAAUUAAAUUAAGAAGCUAAGUGGAAAGCAGCAUCGUUCUUGUUUGGAACAAUUUGUUGACUGCGUUGACCUGACGGAACAACAUGCACAUUUAUAGUCCAUCAUCUAACAGCGAGGGGGAGGAACUGCGCUGCUUGAGUGACAGGGGGCGAGGCUUAGUGUGUGUGGGAAGCAGCCGCAAGAUUGAAAGAAAACGGAGUUAAAACCGAAAGUUACUCACGGCUGAGAUGCAUUUCAAAAUAUUGCAUAUGAUAUGGAUCUCUUGCGAUAUGGAUAUGAUUUUGAUGUGAAUUCGAUUAAUUGUGCAGCCCUCUCUUGAGGUGAGACAUGACCAUUGGUUGACAGCUGGUUGGCCUCACUGUGUUCAGAAACAUGCUGGUCUGUGCAGUCAGUGAGUUCCACACACGGCAGCUGUAUCUCCACAAAGACUACUGUGGUUAACAAGAUGUCACACCUUGUCAGAGAUGGUUUUAUCUUCUUAAGUCUGAUGAAAUAUAAUGGUUAUUUUUCCUCAUGUACCUUUUGCUUAUGAUUUCUGUUAACUGUAAAUAUUCUCUCAAUAAGUGAACAUGUAGUACAGUAUGAUUUCAAUCAUGAAUUGUUUCAAUCAAAACAUUUCACUUUGUGAAUAUGUCAUGGAGGUAAAGAUGUUUUAUAGGGGAAGGAUGAAAGGCUUCCAGAAACAGACUGUAUAGGGUUUGUCAACACAACAUGAGCUAUAUGAAUCACUCCAAUAUAUUGGUAUCACUCUGCGCCGGAGGGAUACAUCCGAGGUGAGGAUUUACAGAUUUACUCCCAUGUACACCUGUGUCAUGGCUGGGGUCCGCCCCUAUAUAUAGACUCCAUGGCGGUGUCACACAUUCUCUACAUCAUUUUUGAGGCCCCUCUAGCACCGCAGAGGAUUGGAGUGAUCCAUAUAGCUCACAUAACCGUGCUUACAUACGUAACCUUCGUUAUGUUUCACUAUAUUGGAUCACUCCAAUAUAUUGCUAUACACGUACCAGAUUAUUCUGUGCUAGAGGCCAUGUCAAACUAAACAUGACAUUUCAUUGACUGGCCAGCCAGCGGCAAAGUCCCAGCACAGGACCGGGGACCUCAGUCCACCCUGAUGGUUGAUGUAAGCCACCAAUGCGGUGUUGUCUGUUCUCACCUGGACAUGUCUUCCUUUCAGAUGUGGAAGGAAAGACCGCAGGGCCAUGGAGUCGUAGUGUAAAGCUAACAAAACACAAGCAUGACAAACCACGGGCAGAAUAUACAGAUCAACCGUGCGCAGCAAGGGGAGCACUCAAGAGGAGGGGCUGCUCCAGGCUGCAAAACAGCCAGUGAGUAUACUUCCACGCAAGAUAUUACACUUACCAGUGACUUACCAAGCGAACUUCAGAAAGUUUGUACCUCAAACCAUACGGACGUCCCCCAAGAAAAUGAAAGAGAACUUGUCACGGCCAUGGGGUCUAUAUAUAGGGGCGGACCCCAGCCGUGACACAGGUGAUCACAGGAGUAAAUCUGUAAAUCCUCACCUCGGAUGUAUUCAUCCGCCGCGGAGUGAUACCAAUAAAUUAGAGUGAUCCAGUAUAGGGAAAUAUAAUCACAUUUUAUGAGCACUCGCUGAUGUUUAUCUGUUUUUAUGUGUCGCAUAUUGAAUGUCUUUCUGCUAUCAUAUUAUGUCGUAUAAUAGCAUUUCAAAAACAGGAUUGCAAGCGGUGGAUGGAUACCCAACUCAGAACUAGAAAGUAAUCUAAAAACAAUCUGAACAAAAUAGAAUUUCAGGAAAUUUCCUUUAAAACUGUGGUACGUCACUGAACCUUAAGCCAAAAUUUGGGCGGGGUACCAGGAAUGAUAGGGUUAUUGUAUAAGGUGUAACUAAAGAUGGUUCCAUUGCCUUAUGUUUAGAGUUCAUACUGAAAUGAACACAUAAGAGGUCUAAGCUGUGAAGGGAUGUUAUGGUAGGUCGAUCAACAUGUGAUAAUAGGUCGAGCAGUCAAAUCAUACUGGACAGUAUGUACUGGGACUAAGCUGAGGGGAUCUUUAGGCUAAAGAGUUGCAUUCAUGCCACUGAAGACAACAUACACUUUGGAGUAUCUGAAACAUCUGAAAGGAGAGACUAAUGAUUGUAAUAUUGAGCUACUCAAAGUGCAUAGUGCACUUUGAGUAGAAAAGUAGGAAAGCUAGGAAAAGAGGCAUGGUUUGGUUUGGUAUGCCUCUUCCGACUUUACAUGUAUUCCUGUGAAUUGCUACUAACCAAGAUGUUCUCCAUCCCCAGUCAUGUUUGAUACACAGCUUUCUCGCUCACUGUGAAAUGUUAAACAUCUGAAAUAGGUUAAAUCAAGUUCGUUUUACUGAUAUGUGGAGUGGAGGAAGUGAAUUUCCCUUGGUUUGACCUAUACGGUUAUCAGUAUUCGUCUUUUGAACCUAUGCAAACCUUAGUACUGCAAUCCAUCAUCUGUCUGUGUUGAUGUGUCUUGGUGUCUGGCGUGUUGUUUGGAGCUAAUGUUUAUCACUGUAUUCUGGCUGUUUGCAUGCACGGCGGAAGUACCCCUGUUAUUUUUAUGGUGAGUUUGUAAUCUAGCCUAUAUUUUAUUAAAACAACGACAAUAAAGGCCUUUGUGAUGGGAAAUUUAAA